UGUAGUUCCUUCAUAAGUAGACGUGUUUUGUUUUCAAUAUGGCUGACAUUAAAGCAGACAUUCCCUCAGAUACAUCAAAUAUCAGUAAUAACAGCAACAGUGCGACGUCUCAGCAAAACAACCCUCUAUCCAGGAAGCUCAAUAAAAUAUUGGAUACGCGACUAGACAAUGACAAGGAAAUGUUGGAAGCUCUCAAAGCCCUCUCUGUCUUCUUUACUGAAAACAGUUUACGAACAAGAAGAAACUUACGAGGAGACAUAGAGAGGCGCAGUUUAUCCAUUAAUGAAGAAUUUGUUCGAAUAUUUAAAGAUGUCAAAGAGGAGCUUGAGAGUGUGCACGAAGAUGUCCAGGCUAUGAGCAACUGCUGUGAGGAUAUGACAAACCGUCUAAAG